GUUCGGUUGCGGAACUACAGGACAUCGCUCGUACUACCUUCGUCACUUCGCGCAGUUUUCAUUGAAGUUUGAGUUGUGGGAAUGAAGAGUGGUGUCGAUGUUGUGAUGACUGAAUGACUUUACAUUUUGUUUACGUGAUUGACGUACUCUGUGAUUAAAGAAUAAAAAAAAAAACAAUAAUCGUCAGACAUGUUUGUAUACAAUCUGGGUUGUCCGACUUUGGUGUUUGGAUACUGUGAUCUGCCGGCUGUGAAGGAUGCAACGUUGGUCCUUAUACGAGAGCGAAAAGACUGGGGAAGACGAACGCAAACAUCAGAGACUGACCCCAAAUGGUACAUACUCGUCACUGGAGUCGGAGGGUGUCGUUGUCGGGGAUCGAAUCCACCAGGGGUGAUAAUCACUCGAGUCCCACUCGAGCUUCAAGCUCCUCCUCGCCCUGCUACACUCGACCUUCCUCAACCACUUGGUGAAUGUGAGGUGAAGUUGCAAUCUACAGCGCAUAGGGGCAUACCAGCUUUCGAAGAAAUUGCAGUCGACAAAGCACUUUGUCCUUCCUAGAAGUCGCACCCACACGGCACCCUAUACUGCCUAGAAGUUGCAGCCCACAGGGCAACCUAUCCUGCCCUGGAAGUCGCACCCACAGGGCGCCCUAUCCAGUCUAGGAGUCGUAGACUACAGGGUGCCCUUAUCCUGCCAGGAAGUCUCGUCAUACAGGAUGCCUUAUCCUACCUGGAAGUCGCAACCCACAGGGCUCCCUAUCCUACAUGGAAGUUGCAGCUCACUGGGCGCCCUACCCAGCCAAGAAGUCUUAGACCACAGGGCGCCCUGAUCCUGCCUGGAAUUCUCAGCAUUCAGGGUGCCCUAUCCUACCUGUAAUUUGUAGCCCAUAGGGCGCCCUGUCCUACCUGGAAGUUGUGGCCCGUAGGGCACCCUAUCCUACAUGGAAGUUGCAGCUCGCUCUAUCCAGCCUAGAAGUUGCAGCUCACAGGGCACCUUAUCCUGCCUGGAAGUCUCGGCAUAAAGGUCGCCUUAUCUUACCUGGAAGCUGUAGCCCACAGGGCGCCCUAUCCUACAUAGAAGGUGCAGCUCACAAAGCACCUUACCCUGCCUGGAAGUCUCAGCAUACAGGGCGCCCUAUCCAGCCUAGAAAUCGUAGACCACAGGACGCCCUUAUCCUUGCUGGAAUUCUCAUCAUACAGGGAGCACUCUCCU